AUGGAGCGGUGGACCGGCGACCUCCACGUCCCGCUCUCCCGAGGCGGCCCCCUCUUCCGCGUCGCGGCCUCCCUCCUCCUCACGCCCUCCAAAACCCUCGCCGUAAGGAUGAACGUCUCCCCUGUUCCACGCGCAAACGCGAUCCUGUUCACGGGAGACCGCGCCCGCGGCACCGGAGACCCGGCGAUCGAGCGGCUGUCGGAUGCCGCCUACCUCGCCGGGCUCCUCGCUGGGAAGCUCGCCGGGGAUGCCAACGCGUGGGUGGUCGAUACCGCUUGCUUCGCUGGGCCGUUUGCGGUCUACCGAGAGCUCGUUCCGUCCGUGGACACCGUUGGCGACCCUGAGCGGUAUGACCCCAGUGGCCUACCAGCGGCGGCCGGCGUUGCCAACAUCUUGACACAAUGUAUUCGGGAGAUACAGAAUAUGGUUACUAGUGGCUCAUUGAAGGAUUCAAAAAGCAAUCAAGAACCCACUUCAUCAAUACUAUCGCACUCUCCUCCUAGGACUAUCAUUCUGGGGUUCAGCAAGGGUGGAGUUGUUGUCAACCAGCUUGUGACAGAACUUUCCUAUUGGUUCUCCAUAUCAAGAAAAAGUUCAGUUGAUGUUUUACAACGAAGCACAGCCCAUCUGCUUGUUCCUGCUACAGCUAGUGAUGUUUUAUCAAGUAUUUGUGAAUUCCAUUAUGUGGAUGUUGGCCUGAAUUGUACUGGAGCAUACAUUACUGAUCAUGAUGUGAUCAAAGGGGUAGCCAAUUAUGUUUGCCAUGCUAGCAAUAAUCUCUUUUUUGCCCUUCAUGGUACUCCGAGGCAGUGGUCUGAUCCGAACCGCCCUUGGAUCUGGGCAGAGAAAGACAGAAUGCUAGAAUUGCUUCAUGAUGAGGCUAAAAGAUGCGAAGGGAGAUUGUUGCUAGCUGAAAAGAUGUACUUUGAUGGUAGACCACGUAGUCUGCUGAUGCAUUUUGAGAUUUUGGAAGCAAUGUACAUUUUCUGAUUUUAGUCUCUGCAGCUUGUAGCUUGCAGUCCCUGAUCACAAUGCGCAGAGAAUGAUAGAAUGUGAAUAUGUCGAAGGGUAUUAAAUCUGUUUUCUUCUUUUCCAACUUCACAGGAGCUUCA